AUGACUGUGGCUCCUGUGAUUGCGCUCUCACAUGGCGGAGGUCCCCUCCCCGUCCUUGGUGAUCCCUCUCACAAGGACAUUGUUUACUCGCUCAAGAACCGAGUGCCCAAGAUUCUCAAGCUCGGCACUCCUGAACAGCCCCGUGCCAUCGUCCUUGUGACGGCGCACUGGUCGACGGAGAAGCCGACCAUCUCAUCUGCGGCGUCUCACAGCCUCUACUAUGACUACUACAACUUUCCUUCUGCGGCCUACUCGCUCAAGUACCCAGCGUCAGGCCAGCCAGAGGUUGCGCGCGAGGUCAAGGCCGCGCUGGAAGAACAAGGUCUUGCAUCGGUUCUCGACGGCGAGAGGGGAUGGGAUCACGGCGUCUUCAUUCCCAUGCUGCUGGUGAACCCCGACGCCAGCGUGCCCAUCGUACAGGUUUCCGUCCUGGAAUCGGAGGACCCGGAGAAGCACCUGCGGAUGGGAGCCGCGCUAUCGAAGCUUCGCCAGAACAACAUCGCCGUUGUCGGCUCGGGCUUUGCGUCCCUGCACAACUUCCAGGCCUACCAGGAGCUGCGAUCCGGGUCGCCCGCCAAAGUCAAGGAGUGGAAGAACAAGGUCAGCCAGUGGAACGGCGCGUUGACGCAGGCGGUCGGCGCGGAGAGUAAGGAAGAGAGGUGGCGAAGGGUGUCGGGAUGGCGCCGGCUGCCUCACGCGAAUGACAUGCACCCGCCGAUGAGGGGAGAGCAUUUCUUGCCGUUGCUUGUGUGUGCUGGGGCGGCGCUGGAGGGGGAGAAGGCUGGUGUUUAUGAGGAUACGUUCUUGGGGAGCGGGAUCAACACGUAUUAUUGGGGGGCGGAGACGGUGGCUUAG